AGAGGGUUCUGUUGGGGGAGGGGGCGUGGGAGAAGGAUUUGCUCUGAAAGGAGAAAGAGACUGGAAGAGUUGGAGACAAACAACAGCCGGAUGCAGCUGCAUCGCGGGAAGGUUUCCUUAGAAAGAGAAGCCUUUCUUCAUAGCCCAGUGACAAAAGGCAUCUUUACAGAAUCAAAGGUGACCCAAGAGCAGGGGAAAGAGAUGGAAGAGCAGAACCCAGAAGGACCUGGAACUAACAAGACAGCAAGGAAAGGUCUCUGUCCCACCCAAGCUGGGACUGGUGUUGAAUUGUGGGAAAGCCCGGUGCCAGAUAUGUGUUAUCAGCUAAAUGCAAUCUCUGCUGUACGUCGCCAGCGCUUCCGGCAGUUCCGCUAUCAUGAGGCCGAUGGGCCCCGAGAGGUUUGCAGCCAGCUCCAUGGACUUUGCAGCCGCUGGCUGAAGCCGGAGAGGCGCACCAAGAAGCAGAUUCUGGACCUGGUGAUCCUGGAGCAGUUCCUGACUAUUCUGCCCCGGGAAAUGCAGUGCUGGGUCAGAGGAUGUGGGCCGGAGACCAGUUCCCAGGCGGUGGCCCUGGCUGAAGGUUUCCUCCUGAGUCAGGCAGAGGAGAAGAGGCAGGGAGAACAGAUGUGGGCGCCAUCUGUGAGGAAAGAAGCUAUGUUCCCUGAGGUGGAAGAAGCCUCCUUGAGGGAAAAGCAGAGCGCACAGGCCCAGGAGCGUGUUCAAAAUGUCCUCUUCUGUGGGAACUGGGCAAAGGACAAGCAAGCAAACACCUUUCCCUCUUCAUCCGUUUCAGUACCAGGCAGCAAAGAGAAGGUGUUCAGCUGUCAACUUUUCAAAGGUGUGGAAACGGCUGCUGCACCUCCAGUACAGCGUACAUUUUCCUUUGAGGAGGUGUCCGUCUAUUUCACUGAGGCAGAAUGGUCCCUGCUGGAUCUGCAACAAAGAACUCUGUACAAGGAAGUCAUGCUGGAGAACUAUGGGAAUGUGACUUUUCUUGGAGCCAGAAGUAUAAAAGAGACUUUGGUUGAGACAGACAAUGGCCUCGCAUCCAGAGAAAGGAUAGGAUCCCAAGAGCAUAUUUCCUUCCCAGAUGACCUGGCUGAGACAGAGGAUGAUCAGAGGAAUGAGGAGAGUGAGGAACUUCAUCAACAAAUGUCCAAUAGAGUUAAAAAUGAAGACUUGAAAGAAAAAGUCAGGAAUCGAGGGAGGCCUAAGAGAAAGAAAGGCAGCUGUGCAGUUGAGAAACGAGAUGGAAGAAAGCAUAAUGUGCAUUUUCCAAAGCACACAAUACUGAAGGCAAGUAAAUCCAUUCAGUGUGGAAAGUACUUCAGAAAUAGAUCACAGCUCAUUGGGCACCAAAGAAUACACAGAGAAGAGAAACCUUUUCAGUGCUCAGAAUGUGGAAAGAAAUUCACUUGGCGUGCUGCUCUUUGGACACACCAAAGAACCCACACAGGGGAGAAACCUUUUGAAUGCUCAGUGUGUGGAAAGAGAUUCAGUCAGAGAGGCAUUCUGCAAGGGCAUCAGAAAAUUCACACAGGGGAGAAACCUUUUGAAUGUUCAGAGUGUGGGAAAAGAUUCAGAUUGAGUGGCCAUCUUCAGCUGCAUCAAAAAACACACACAGGGAAGAAAGUUUUUGAAUGCUCAGAGUGUGGAAGGAGAUUCAGUCUGAGUCGCGCUCUUCAACAGCAUCUAAGAAGCCACACAGGGGAGAAACCUUUUGAAUGCUUGGAAUGUGGAAAGAGAUUUAGGUGGAGUUACUAUCAUCAGCAGCAUCAAAGAACUCACACAGGGGAGAAACCUUUUGAAUGCUCCGAGUGUGGAAGAAGAUUCAGGUGGAGUAGUGCUCUUCAACAGCAUCUAAGAAUCCAUACAGGGGAGAAACCUUUUGAAUGCUCAGUGUGUGGAAAGAAAUUCAGUGAGAGUGGCACUCUUCAACAGCAUCUGAGAACCCACACAGGGGAGAAACCUUUUGAAUGCUCAGUGUGUGGAAAGAAAUUCAGUCAGAGUGGCGGUCUUCAAAUACAUCAGAAAACCCACACAGGGGAGAAACCUUUUGAAUGCUCAGUGUGUGGGAAAAAAUUCAGGAACAGUGGCACUCUUCAGCAGCAUCAGAGAACCCACACAGGGGAGAAACCUUUUGAAUGCUCAGAGUGUGGAAAGAAAUUCAGUCAAAAUGGCAAUCUGAAACAGCAUCAAAAAACCCACACUGCACUGAAAAUUCACACUGCACAGAAACCCUUUAAAUGCUCAGAGUGUGGGAAGAGAUUCAGUCGGAGUGACCAUCUUCAAAACCAUGAGAGACUACACAGAGGGGAAAAACCUUUUGAAUGCUCAGAGUGUGAAAAAAAAUUUGCUUGGCCUGGUGCUCUUUUGGCUCACCAAAAAACCCACAGAGAGGAGAAACCUUUUGAGUGCUCAGAGUGUGGAAAGAAAUUCAGCCAGAGUGGCAUUCUUCAACAGCAUCAGAGAAUCCACACAGGAGAGAAACCUUUUGAAUGCUCAGAGUGUGGAAAGAGAUUCAGGUUGAGUUUCCAUCUUCAGCUGCACCAAAGAACGCACACAGGGGAGAAAUCUUUUGAAUGCUCAGAAUGUGGAAAGAGAUUCAAGAAGAGGAAAAUUCUUCAGCAGCAUCACAAAACUCACACAGGGGAGAAAUCUUUUGAAUGCUCUGAGUGUGGAAAGAGAUUCAUAACGAAGGGCCAGCUGAAACAGCAUCUGAUAACCCAUACAGGGGAAAAACCUUUUGAAUGUUCAGUGUGUGGAAAGAGAUUUAGUGAUAGAAGGAGUCUUAAACAGCAUCAGAGAAUCCACACAGGGGAGAAACCUUUUGAGUGUUCAGAGUGUGGAAGGAAAUUCAGUUGGAGUAGUAAUCUUCGCGAGCAUCAGAGAACCCACACAGCACAGAAACCCUUUGAAUGUUCAGAGUGUGGAAAAAGAUUCAGUAGGAGCUGCCAUCUGCGACGGCACCAAAGAACCCACACAGGAGAGAUACCUUUUGAAUGUUUAGAGUGUGGAAAGAGAUUCAGUGGGAGUGGCUGUCUUCAAAACCAUCAGAAAACCCAUUUGUAAGCUCUGUGAGUAGAAAAAGAUUCAGUCGAAGAGACAUUCUUCAGCAGCAAAGAAGAAACCACACAGGAGAAACCUGUUGAAUGCUCAGAGUGUGGAAAGAGAUUCAGGUUGAGUUUCCAUCUUCAACUGCACCAAAGAUCCCACAAAGGGGAGAAACCUUUUGAAUGCUCAGUGUGUGAAUAAAUAGCAUUCCAUAAUGCCUCUGUUAAAGGGAGAGAACUUUUUUUCCCUCCAGGCAGUUGCCAACUCUAGAUUAACUAUUUCUUUAUGAAUUAGAGAAAACAAAACUUAGCUAAGGAAGGGUCGUAGCCCAUUAAACAGAUUAUUUGUAUCAGGUAAAUUAUGCUUUGUGUUUUCUUUUCUAUGUGGGUUUUUUAAAAUAAAUUUGGCUUCAUUGAAUGUGUCAAA